AACUAGAUCUCAGGAUGAACCCGUACCUUUGUGUGGCUACUGGAUCUAUGGAGGGAAUGAUCGAGGUGGUUCAGAACUCUGCUACCAUUGCUAAGAUCCAAGGCAAGGGACAAAAAUCUGCCUUUAACAAGACAGCAUUGUUUAACUGGCUCAAACAGAAAAACCCACUGGAAGAAAAUCUUCAGAAAGCAGUGAAGGAGUUCACAAUGUCAUGUGCGGGUUACAGUGUCGCCACCUAUGUACUGGGCAUCGGGGAUCGACAUAACGACAACAUUAUGUUAAAGGAAUCUGGACAGCUAUUCCACAUUGACUUUGGACACUUCCUUGGGAACUUCAAAAGUAAAUUUGGUGUGAAGAGAGAGCGAGUUCCCUUCAUUCUGACAGAUCAUUUUGCCUAUGUCAUCACCAAAGGGGAAACUAUGUCGGAGAACUUCACUCGAUUCAAGGAAACCUGUGUAAAGGCGUACCUGAUAAUACGACGUAAGGGCCCGCUGCUGAUCCGACUUUUUAUGAUGAUGAUCAUGGCGGGGAUUCCUCAGUUGACCAGUGUAAAUGAUGUAGAAUACCUGAAAGAUACUCUAGUCCUCCAUCUCUCUGAAGAUGAGGCCAAAGAACAUUUUCAUACAAAGUUUCAGGAGGCCCUAAAUAAUAGCUGGAAAACUAGUCUCAACUGGUGGAUUCACCUUAAAGCUCAUUGAGAAGGGAUGAAGUCUGAAGUCAUACACUCUGGUAUGAUAGCCACUACCCCUAAGUCCACCUUAAUACUAGGUCGCAUUGGUAUAUCCUGGUUGAAACGGUACAGUUUCGGAGACAAACAAAUAACAAUAAACCAAGUCUUUCUUUCACACGUUCCAUAAUUAUAUAACGUACUUUAAAACCUUCAUGUGGAUCGACCUUGUUUUAUAAAGAAAUAAUGCAAACUAGAAAUAGUCAGCAUUCUAGUUUCGGUCAGGCACGUCUCGACCCCUCAAUAUGCAUGUGCCAAAUAUUUCUGAGGUCACCUCGGUUCAGACCUUGCAUGAGCCUGUUGUUUUCUUUACAGGUUCAACUUGUUGGAAUGGUUGAACUGGAUACUUUGUACAGGUGGAACUUUGAAUAUUUGUAAGUGAGUGCUGAGGCAGACCAUAGCUGAUUAGAUAGGUGUGGAUUUAAUAACACUGAAUAUGCUUGCAUUGCAAAUAGACACGUGACUUCCAAAUUUAGCUUUUGAUAGCUUAUUGAAUACUACCGGCAGUGUUUUGUUAAGGAAGAGUCUUUUAUAAUUGUUUAUAGAUCUCACAGUAUUAAAAAUAGUAUUGAUUCAGCUAGGACAUAUUUUAAUAGCCUUGAAUACAUAUGUUGAUAAAGGUUCAAGUUUAUACGUGUAUAUCUAACUUAGACCUUUGAAGAAUUUGUGCAUUUUCAAAAGAAAGGGAAAUUGUUUCAUUAAUCAAUGGAUGAAAUUGGCAAUUAAAAAACCAAGAUAUACAAAAUGUAAGUAAAAUCCUUCUGCAGAAAUUCAGGCAAAUUAGAACAUUUUAAGGAUUGAAGGCCCACCGAUGUUUUGAAAAAGGAGAGAAGUUCGCUGUGAAGUCAUGAUUUCAUGCUGGUAAGAUCUAACUUAUAUGUAUUUAAAACUGGUACUGAUCAAGCAUCUGAUCUGUAAAUUAACAUUUCAGAACAAUUUUAUAUUAUCCUGAAGAUAUAUCCUAUGUUAGUUUUUUAUUACUUUGAUUUGUUAUCUUAACAAUACUUUUAUAAUGCAACAUUAGGUAUUAUCUUAUGUCAGUAAAGUAUUAACUCAUCCAACCCUGAAAUUUCAUAAUGAACUAUUCCAACCUUUGAAUUGGAAGAGUUCAAAUGUGUCUUCAGGGGGUGAAUGAGUUAAUAUAUAGUGGUUUGUUUUCCUUUUCCCAUCCUUUAAUAUAUGGUAGCGUACAGUGUAUGGGGAUAAUAUCCUGUCGUAUGGAGCUACCAUACACACACAUGGAGAAGUUGUUGGUAGCAGAGUUCAGUGUACACAACACACCUACAUAUAUAUAUAUACACCAAAAAAAGCAAAAUAAACCAUGAUUUUUAACCCAAAAUUUGACCCCGGCAAAAAGUAAUUUCUUUCUUAAAACCUACCUUAAAUUAAAUAUCACCUACUCGGUAACAGAAAUACUCACAUAGGUCGUUCAGGUGGAUUUUUUUACAAUAUUUGCACAUGUGCUGAGUACAAAAAUAGACUACAUGAAAAGUUAGCUUUUGUUGUGUAGAGAGUGGUAAAUGGCCAAAGCUGUAGUAUCAAACCAAAUUCAAUUUAUUUUCUUGAAAAAUUAUGAAGCCCACAUAGUCCACUUCAUCAUGUAUAUACCAAUUUUAGCA